CUGCAUUCCUAAAGCUGCAUUCCCCCGCGCGAUGGCCGCCGCCGCCGCCGCCGCUGGAGAGACUCCGCCGCCGCCGGCGAACUACUUCUUCGGGAGGCCAUGGCCGGAUCUCAACGCAGGACUCUCCUACACCGACACGUUCCGCGGCGCUGAUGCGGAAACCACCACCACCUUGAUCGACUUCUACUCCGAGAACUACAAGAGCUCGGCGCCAUUGCCAGGGUGGAUUCAUAGGAUUCGCAAUGGACAGAUAACGGUUGAUGGUCAAGUUGUCACCGAUCCAGAUAUCAUCCUCAGUGAGGGUUCUAAGUUGGUAUAUCAUCGCCUUUCAUGGAAGGAGCCAUUUGCACCAUAUUUGCUUCAAGUCCUUUAUGAAGAUGACGACAUGCUCGCCCUUAAUAAGCCUUCUGGUUUGCAAGUUCUGCCAAAAGGACUCUUCCAGCAGCGCACUGUUCUGGCACAGCUUCAGUGGAAAGAGUGGAAGAUGCCCCCAUCAAGCUGCUCGAAGAAAAAAAAUGUGCAGUUACAUCCUGUACCUGUUCAUCGAUUAGGAAGGGGAACGUCAGGUCUACUGCUUUGUGCCAAGACAAAGCUUGCCAAAGUUCAACUUGCAUCUUAUUUUGCAGAAGGUGCUGCAAAUGCAGAGAAGAAAAGGGAUGGAACUGAGGUUGGCAAGGAAUGGAAAAUUUCAAAAUUCUAUCGAGCAUUAGUAACUGGUAUACUUGAACAUGAUGAGGAUGUGAUUACUCAACCCAUAGGAUUGGUUCAUUACCCUGGAGUUGCAGAGGGACUUUAUGUGGCAUGUUCCUCAGGGAAGCCAGCCAUGAGCAAAGUGUGUGUUCUUGAGAGACUUGCGCACCAAAACCAAACGCUGGUCCAGGUUGAAAUUCAUUCAGGACGGCCUCACCAAAUACGGAUACACCUUGCAUACAUUGGACACCCUCUUGUUGAUGAUCCUCUCUAUGGUAUUGGUGGGCAGCCUAAAUUUCAUGACCUGGAACCUACUAGUACGGAUAUUUCUUUUGCAUAUGACGGAGGUUACGAGAGGCCUUUACAGCCUGUUCCGGGAGACUGUGGGUAUCACUUACAUGCUCAUUGGCUGGUCCUUUGUCAUCCAACCACGAAUAAGAUGCUGAAGAUAACCGCCCAUCUGCCGCGUAUCUUACAGACUCAAGAGGAGCGCUGCGAUCAGCAACUUGAUACUUGAGCUCAUAACUUUCCAUUUGAAAAUAUGUGCAUUCAAGAGUCCACAGGCCAUGUUUUACAAGCCCGUCCGCAUGUGAGGUGUUCAGUGUAUCUUAACAGAGUGUCUAUCUGAAGUUUGGUGUGGUUUGAAACGUGGAGGGUACAGAAAAUGGAUUGCUGAGGUUAAAUGGUCACUGGACUGGACGCUUCUGAGGGGAAACUAUGAGGAACAUUUGUUUUAAGAUGACACUGUACUACAGAGUAAACUUUUCAGGUCACUGCAUCUGAAGAUGGGCUAACUGCUGUGUGUGUGUUCGUGUUGUAUAUAUGGCCGAAACCAAUUUUGCACUUAUGCAAAUGUACGUGCAUUUUGGCUAAGAUCGAUCAUCAUCUGCAAUAUAGAAACUACUCCCUCUGUAUACCUAAAUAAGUGUAGUUGGGAAGAACUAAUUAUUUAGGUACAGAGGGAGUACAUUACUAUGUA